AUGAGCGGCAAGGGCAAGGGAGGCAAGAGUGGUGGGGGUGGCGGCGGGGGGGGUGGUGGUGGAGGCGGUGGAGGGGUGGAGGUGGCGGCGGUGGCGGUGGGAGUGGUGGCGGGAGUGGUGGAGUCGGUGGCGGCGGUGGCGGCGGUGCUGGAGGUGGUGGUGGUGGUCGCGGCGGCAGUGGGAGUGGUGGCGGCGGUAGUGGCGGCCGAGGGGGUGGUGGCGGCGGCGGUGGUGGUGAUCGGGCUGGAGCCGGUCACCGGCAGCAGCAGCAGCGUCAGGAGCUGA